AUGGAUCGUGUAAAUGCGGCGAACGAGCUUUCGUUUCGGGUCGGAUUCUCCGGCCAUGGCGGCCACCUCAGGAUUGAGCCUCUGCCGCCUGUCGAGCGUCCGGACUCCGUCCAUACUCUCCCCGAUUUCAUUCUGCCACCGGCUUUCCCUAAGGAGACACCGGAAAUGAUUGAGGAGUUCAUUAAGGAGAAGCAUUUACUCCCAAGGCUGGACGAAGAUGUUUUUUCUCCACAAAAUGCUGGCAGACAAUGGGGGUUUGACUGGUUUGACAGAGCUGAAGUUCUGCCAGAACCAUCAAUGACACGCUCUGUGGUUGUUCCGUCUUGGGAAAUGCCUUGCAGGCGCAAGAAGCCUGAGUCGGCGAGAUGGGAGCCUGAGUCGGUGGAGGUGGAUGUAGGAGAUCUAACAGCAGGAGCUCAGGAGUCUGGGGCUUUGCCACGUAUUGUUGGACCUGCAAAGGAUUUUGUGAGGGGAAGUAUUAACAAUCGUCCUUUCCGCCCAGGUGGAUUGAAUACUGAUUCUUCGGGAAAAACUUUUCCUGAAGGUGCUUGCAAUGGUGAAUGGGCACGUGAGCUUUUGCUUGGGGGUCGUGCGCAAGUAAAUCCACCAGGUUUUAAGGAUGGAUUGCAUUUAGGUGAUCUCAAGGAACAAUCUUCCAUGUGGAAUGUCUAUGAGAAAUCAAAUUUGGAUGACAGCACGUCAGAUGCUAAGCUGAGCAAGCUAUCAGUGCAGUUUGAUGACUUGUUCAGCAAAGCUUGGGAGGAUGAUGCCAUGAACUUCAUGGGAGAUGGUUUGUCUAGAUCAGAGACUAAGAUAGAGUCUGUGAAUGAAUCCCUUCAAAUAGAAGCUAAAGAACAAGAUACCAAUGCUGUAAACGAUGUUAUCGGACAAGAACAAUCUCUUUUGGAUGAAAUUCUGUCUGUUGAAUCAGUGGAAUCAACUGCUAGAUUGGAUGGUAAUACAGAUGUCGGUGGAGAACAGCCGAAGGAGAUUUGGGCUCUCAAAGGUGGCAGUGAAGCAAUUGCAGAACGAUUUGAUGAACUUGUUCCUGAUAUGGCACUUAAGUUCCCUUUUGAACUUGAUCCUUUCCAAAAGGAGGCCAUAUUUUAUCUAGAAAGAGGGGAUUCUGUUUUUGUGGCAGCUCAUACAUCAGCUGGGAAGACUGUUGUUGCCGAAUAUGCAUUUGCUUUGGCUUCAAAACACUGCACAAGAGCCGUAUAUACUGCUCCUAUUAAGACCAUCAGCAAUCAGAAGUACAGAGACUUUUGUGGAAAGUUUGAUGUGGGCCUUCUAACUGGUGAUGUUAGCUUGAGGCCUGAGGCCUCUUGUCUUAUAAUGACCACUGAGAUAUUAAGAUCAAUGCUCUACAAGGGUGCUGACAUCAUACGCGACAUAGAAUGGGUUAUAUUCGAUGAAGUGCAUUAUGUUAAUGAUGUGGAAAGAGGCGUGGUUUGGGAAGAAGUCAUUAUCAUGCUGCCCAGACAUAUCAACUUUGUGCUACUUUCAGCCACGGUACCAAACACAAUUGAGUUUGCUGAUUGGAUUGGUCGGACAAAGCAAAAGCAAAUUCGUGUUACUGGUACUACGAAAAGACCAGUUCCACUGGAGCACUGCCUGUUCUAUUCUGGAGAGCUUUAUAAAAUCUGUGAAAAUGAAAAAAUUAUAUAUCAGGGGUUAAAAGCUGCUAAAGAUGCAUAUAUGAAGAAGAACUCAGCUACUGUAAUAGGCUCAGGACCUCAUUAUGGAUCUUCCGCAGCCAAUGAAAGGUCUAGGUCCUUGAGACGUGAAACUUCCUCUCAUACAAAGCAGAACAAGCAUUCUGGAUCCUGGAAUAUAUCUGGUGCUGCUUCUGGGGCUCAAUCCAGUGCUAGCAACAAUUGGGGUUCGAAGAGAUUUGAAGCUUCCGUAUGGAUGUCGCUUAUCAAUAAGCUUUCAAAAAAAUCCCUACUACCUGUGGUUAUAUUCUGCUUUUCGAAAAACCGCUGUGAUAAAUCAGCUGACAACUUGACUGGGACUGACCUUACUUCUAGCUCUGAGAAAAGUGAAAUUCGGGUGUUCUGUGACAAAGCAUUCUCAAGGCUCAAAGGGUCAGACAGAAAUCUGCCCCAGGUUGUUAGAGUUCAAGGGCUGCUUCGGAGAGGAAUUGGCGUGCACCAUGCUGGACUACUUCCAAUUGUGAAGGAAGUUGUUGAAAUGCUUUUCUGUCGGGGGGUGAUCAAGAUUCUUUUCUCUACAGAAACAUUUGCAAUGGGAGUCAAUGCCCCAGCAAGGACGGUCGUAUUUGAUGCUUUAAGGAAAUUUGAUGGAAAAGAAUUUCGGCAAUUACUUCCUGGUGAAUAUACUCAGAUGGCUGGUCGGGCUGGCCGGAGGGGACUGGACAAAAUUGGUACAGUUGUUGUGCUUUGCCGUGAUGAAAUUCCUGAAGAGAGGGACUUGAAAAACGUUAUAGUUGGCAGUGCAACUAGGCUUGAAUCUCAGUUUCGACUAACCUAUAUCAUGAUCUUGCAUCUGCUCCGUGUCGAGGAAUUGAAGGUGGAAGACAUGCUGAAAAGAAGUUUUGCUGAAUUUCAUGCUCAGAAGAAACUUCCAGAGCAACAACAGCUUCUAAUGCGAAAGCUUGCUCAGCCUACAAAAGUUAUUGAAUGCAUAAAAGGUGAACCAGAUAUUGAGGAUUAUUAUGAGAUGCACUCAGAGGCUGAAAAGUACCGCAGUAUGAUCACAGAGGCAGUCAUGCUCUCUCCAGUUUCCCAACAGUAUCUAACCCCAGGAAGGGUCGUAGUGGUGAAAUCAGAAUUGGCCCAAGAUCACUUACUGGGUGUAAUCGUGAAAUCACCUUCAGCUACUUAUAAGCAAUACAUAGUUUUAGUGCUGACUCCUGAGCUUCCUACAAUCUUGAAAGCAUCAGACAACACAGAAAGAAAAGGUGCUGAUUUUCAAGUACUAGUACCGAAAUCAAAACGUGGCUUGGAAGAUGAUUACUAUUCUUCAGCUACAUCACGUAAAGGAUCCGGAGUUGUAAAUAUUAAACUACCUCACCGUGGUUCUGCUGCUGGGAUGAAUUUCGAGGUUCGAGGGGUUCAGAAUAAUGAGUUUUUAUCCAUAUGCAAUUGCAAAAUAAAGAUCGACCAAGUUCGGCUUCUUGAAGAUAUUAGUGCUGGGGCCUAUUCAAGUACAGUGCAACAACUUUUAGCUCUGAAAUCUGAUGGAAAUAAGUAUCCACCAGCUUUGGAUCCAGCAAAAGAUUUGAAGCUGAAAGACCUCAAGGUUGUUGAGGAUUACUAUAAAUUAACAAAGUUAUUGCAAAAGAUGUCCGAAAGUAAGUGCCUUGGCUGCCCUAAACUAGAGGAGAACAUGAAAUUAGCUCAGGAGUUGAAGCGCCACAGAGAGGAAGUAAAUUCUUUAAAGUUUCAAAUGUCAGAUGAAGCACUUCAGCAGAUGCCUGACUUUCAGGGUCGAAUUGAUGUUUUGAAAGAAAUUGGAUGCAUUGAUGCUGAUCUUGUGGUACAAAUUAAAGGUCGUGUUGCCUGUGAGAUGAAUUCUGGGGAGGAGUUGAUAUGCACCGAAUGCUUAUUUGAAAAUCAACUGAAUGAUCUGGAACCAGAAGAAGCUGUCGCGAUAAUGUCUGCAUUCGUCUUUCAGCAGAAGAACACAUCUGAAACUUCUCUUACGCCAAAACUCUCGCAAGCUAAAAAGAGAUUAUACGACACGGCCAUAAGACUAGGAGAACUUCAGGCAAAUUUCAAAUUACAGGUUGAUCCUCAGGAAUAUGCGCAGGAGAAUCUGAAAUUUGGUUUAGUCGAAGUUGUAUAUGAAUGGGCAAAGGGAACACCAUUUGCUGAUAUCUGUGAGCUUACUGAUGUUCCUGAAGGGAUGAUUGUUCGGACGAUAUUGAGGUUAGACGAAACAUGUCGUGAAUUUAGAAAUGCAGCUGCAAUUAUGGGGAAUUCGGCACUCCACAAGAAAAUGGAAACCGCUUCAAACGCAAUAAAGAGGGAUAUUGUCUUUGCUGCAAGCUUGUACAUCACUGGAGUGUAG